UUAUUUCUUACUGGCUAUGGUACCUGUCACACUUUUAAUCUUCAUCUGAGCACUCAGGAGGCAGAGGAGGGUGGACCUCUGAGUUCCAGGACAGCCAGAACUACAUAGUGAGACCCUGUCUGGAAAACUUACAAGUUUCUUUCUCAGCAAUAAUGCCUCCUAAUACAACCUUAGUUGAAGAGAUGGGAAACAAAAUGUGAGCUGUGUUUGGAGCACAACUAUGAUCCCAGCGCUUGGGAGACAAGAAAACAGUUCAAGCCCAGCCUCCAUGAAACCUCUUUACCUCCUCACUACCCCUAAAAAAUGUAGGGUUUUCUUGUAUAUGGUAAGCAUUAAAAGCAUAUUACUUUAACAUUAGAAAGCUUUCAAUCCUAGGAUGUUGCAGUAUUUGUUUAAACUGGUAAACUUCAAUACCUUUUCUUAGUGAUUAGAAUCAUUGGGUAGAAUCAUUAUAUAGGGUUUGGCCUUCUAUUGAUUAGUACCUCAGCUAUCCUUGGCUGUUAGAAGUUAAACUAUCAGUCUGUACUUCCACAAUGAGCUUCAGUGAAAGUCACUGCUGCCUUGUGUAGUUUUUAGACUGAAGACUGUUGGAACCUCAAGACUGUCUUAUAGCUUUAGUGUAUGGAUUAUAUAUAGUGAGUGCACUAAUACAUCCUGCUGUUUUGUUGUUGAGACAUCUGUCACGUUGGCUGUCCUGAAAUUCCCAGAAAUUUACUUGUUUCAAGUCAAGUGCCACUGCACUCAGUUUUUUGGGGGUGGGAGGCAGAAAGGUAAGGGAUAAAUUGCCUACUCUGGCCUUCAGCUAAGUAAUUUUCUUGAGUGCAGUACAGUUGCAUGUGCAACCAUGUUUAGCCUUUUUUUGGGGGGGUUUGUUUUGUUUUUGCAAACAGUUUCUCUGUAGUUCUGGCACCCUGAAACUUUGAUUUGUAGGCCAGGCUGGCUCCAAACUUUUGAGAUGCCCCUGCCUCUGCCUCCCAAGUGUUAGCAUUAAAGGCAUGUGCCACCAAUGCCGAGCUCAGUAUUACUUAAAUGUGGUAUAAUGUACUUGUUUCUUGAACUGAAUAAAGCCGUGUCAAAUUUUAAAUUUUCUCAGAAGUUCAAGGUCACCGUGGCUACGUAAUGAAUUUGAGUCAAGCUUGGAGUACAGGAGACCCUCUCAACUGACAACUUUCCAACUGAGCCCCCAGUUUGUUAGCCUGCUAAUAGGUGUAUACAAAAGUGAAGGUGUAGUCAACUGCCCUUAAUUUCAGCAUGCAAGAAUGUGAGGAUUAGCCCUGCAGUGGUGGCAUACACCUUUAAUCUGAGCACUUGGAGGCAGAGCCAGGGAGAUCUCUGAGUUCAAGGCCAGCCUAGUCAACAGAGAGAUCCAGGCAGGCAACCAAACUACACAGAAACCCUGUCUCGUAAAAUAAAAAAAUAAAUAAAUAAAAAAAAAGGAUUGUUAAGGAUUUGAGACCAGCCUAGUAACAAGAUCUUUCCCCCAAAUAGCCAUUAAUUUGUGUAAAAAAUAGUCUUAACACAGAAUGCAGAUCUUUGCAAGGACAUAAUUGAAUUGGAAAAUUGCUUUGAAGAACAGUUGACUUAUAGCCCAGAUGGUCCACAAAGAUCUAGAAAUAAACAGAAGGUUAAGGUUUGACUUCUCUUAGGAAGAAAAUUGUUGGAUCACUAAGACAAAAAUACUAGUAAUAUUUUCUGUUGCCUCCAAAUGCUUAAAAGAUUUAAAGUAAAUUAAUUGGAUCUUCGUUGGAUUUACCACCUCAUUUUCCCUGUAUUCUCAAGAUUUUAUUCAAAAAUCUUGGUAACAUUUUUAAAUUAGUAUUGGAGUCGUGAGGCCACACCCAGUACGGACGAAAUUCCUUAGAUGGGUUUGGAUAUCUGCAUCACCAUAGAAGGAUGCUCUCUUCAUUUCCAUUAUAGUAGGAGAAACCCAAAUCCCUGCCCCCUUUGAGCCCACAGCCCUCUGCUGGCUUCCUCACCUGAGAUCCCUUAAAGUUCUAAAACCCUCAUAGAUCCGUAUCCUCCAGGCUGAAAAAAAUUAAUAGCACUUUCAGCCAAAGCCAUAGGCUGGGAAGCCUGGAACCUUCCAGUUCAGCAAAGCACACCAGUGUCCCGGCAUUCCAAGGGCACAUCAGAUUGACACCAGGAAGGAGGGAUCGCCUCUCCAUGUUAAUUUAAUUAUUUAAAUAAUCUGGGCCUGCGUAGUCAUCACCAUGGUGAUUCUAGAAAAAUCUUACCUUGAGUAGUUUGGAAAUAGUUCUAAGAGGAUAAUUCCUAACAUUGAGACACUUAAUGCUUGAUAAUACUACUGCGACUAUCUUUGGCCCAGAGCCCACAGUGGCAAACGACUCUUUCAAAUCGGCGGAAUUUAGUAUAUCGAGUCUCAACGUAGACAGAAAAAACGGUCUCCUUUACCCUUUGGGGGGGAGGGUCUCAGGGCAACAAACACCGAACGGCUCAAACACGUGGCUUUCCAGAGAGCGUGGGAAAAGGAAGGAAAAAAAACUGCCAGGACUUAAGAUGUCCGCUGAAGACCCUUGUAUCUGCCAGAAAGAGCGUACCCUCUUCCAAAAUGUCCUCCCGCAGUAUUGACGUCACUCCGCCCGCUCCCUCAGAGCCAGAAAUUGAGAGCGCUCCAAUCAGGCCAGAGGCCACGCCCCGUACGCGCGUCACUUCCGGUGGUGCAGCAGCCAUUUUGUCAGUCGCCAGCGGAUCCCGCGCGCUGCAGAAGUGCAGUUCCCCCUGGUUACCAAGCCGUCGGUUCUUCCUUGGCGCUGCGGGCGCCCUCGAAGAGCGCCCACCAAAGGCGUAGGCGUUCCUCCUCAAAGUGUUGCCACUGCUGUUGCAGCUACACGGAGGCAGAGCGCUGUCUGCCUUUCCCUACCGCUGACAGGCGCCCUAAGGGCGCUGCCAUCCGCGAUGUCAAGCGAGGAAAGCUAUCGGGCCAUCCUGCGCUAUUUGACGAACGAACGUGAGCCUUAUGCACCGGGCACCGAGGGCAAUGUCAAGCGUAAAAUCCGCAAGGCUGCCGCCUGCUACGUCGUGCGCGGCGGGACUCUGUACUACCAGCGGCGGCAGCGGCACCGCAAGACGUUUGCCGAGCUGGAGGUAGUGCUGCAGCCGGAGCGUCGCCAGGGCCUCAUAGAGGCGGCACACCUGGGCCCUGGAGGCACUCACCACACCCGACAUCAGACCUGGCAUGACCUGUCCAAGACGUACUGGUGGCGAGGUAUUCUAAAGCAAGUUAAAGAUUACAUAAAACAGUGUAGCAAAUGCCAGGAGAAGCUUGAUCGCUCCCGUCCAAUAUCAGAUGCUUCAGAAAUGUUGGAAGAAUUGGGAUUGGACCUUGAAUCUGGAGAAGAAAGUAAUGAAUCAGAGGAUGACCUGAGCAACUUCACUUCACCUCCAACCACAGCCUCCAAGUCUUCAAAAAAGAAGCCAGUAUCGAAACAUGAACUUGUAUUUGUUGACACCAAAGGAGUGGUGAAACGUUCUUCUCCAAAACAUUGCCAGGCAGUUUUGAAACAGCUGAAUGAACAGAGGCUUUCCAACCAAUUCUGUGAUGUUACGUUGUUAAUUGAAGGAGAAGAGUACAAAGCUCAUAAGUCUGUUCUGUCAGCAAAUAGUGAAUAUUUUCGAGAUCUUUUUAUUGAAAAGGGAGCUGUUUCUAGUCAUGAGGCGGUCGUGGAUCUUUCUGGUUUUUGUAAAGCAAGCUUCCUUCCUUUGCUGGAAUUUGCCUAUACUUCUGUACUAAGUUUUGACUUCUGCAGCAUGGCUGAUGUAGCUAUCUUAGCUCGCCAUCUUUUUAUGUCAGAAGUUUUAGAAAUUUGUGAAAGUGUGCAUAAACUAAUGGAAGAAAAGCAGCUAACAGUGUAUAAGAAAGGUGAAGUACAAACGGUCGCAUCUACUCAGGAUUUGCCAGCACACAAUGGAACUACAGCAGCACCUGUGAUUAGGAAUGAAGCAACCACAGCUUUGUCGAGUGAACUUGGACAUUGUGAAAUUGUCCUGCUGGUAAAUGGAGAAUUGCCAGAAACAGAACAGAGUGGGGAGCCAGGACAGCAGCCUCUGCCGCAGGUUUCUCCAGAGGCUGAAGCUAGUGUGUCCCCUGUAGAGUGUAUAACUAAUCCCCAUUCUGAAGUAGGGACUACUAGCUUAGAAACAAAUACCAACCAAACAGAAAUAGAGACUGCAGUCAUCAGAGAGGAGGGCCCAGUUGAUAAUGUUCAUCCUAACAUUUCAAAAGAGAAUGUAAUCAAUAUUUCUCAAGAGGACAGUGAUCCAGGAAGUGACACAUCGCCUGGGGACAUCAGUGCCAAGGACUUUCCCGAUGGUAGUCAGAGCCCUGACCAGCCUCUAAAAGAUCAGGAAGCUCUGAUUGAGACCACAGAAAAGACAGACUCAGGCCCAGAGGAUGAUACUUACAGAAGUAGGCUUAGGCAGCGGUCUGUUAAUGAAGGGGGCUACAUCCGGCUACACAAGGGCAUGGAGAAAAAGUUACAGAAGCGGAAAGCCAUUUCUAAGUCUGCAGUUCAGCAGGUGGCCCAGAAAUUAGUUCAAAGAGGGAAAAAGAUGAAACAACCCAAAAGGGAUGCUAAGGAGAACACUGAAGAAACGUCUCAUAAAUGUGGGGAAUGUGGAAUGGUUUUUCAAAGACGAUAUGCCUUUAUAAUGCACACAUUGAAACAUGAAAGAGCUAGAGAUUACAAAUGCCCGUUAUGUAAAAAACAGUUUCAGUAUAGUGCCUCAUUGCGAGCACACCUUAUACGGCAUACGAGAAAGGACUCCCCCAGUUCGUCUUCAUCUAAUUCCACAUCGAAUGAGGCGUCAGGAGCAUCAUCUGAGAAGGGAAGAACCAAAAGAGAAUUUAUAUGUUCCAUAUGUGGAAGGACAUUACCUAAGUUAUACUCUCUCCGAAUACAUAUGCUGAAGCACACAGGGGUAAAGCCACAUGCAUGCCAGGUCUGUGGAAAAACUUUUAUCUAUAAGCAUGGUCUAAAAUUACAUCAAAGUCUCCAUCAGUCACAAAAGCAGUUCCAGUGUGAACUGUGUGUCAAGUCAUUUGUUACCAAACGGAGUCUUCAGGAACAUAUGAGUAUUCACACAGGAGAGUCCAAGUACUUUUGCUCAGUUUGUGGAAAGUCUUUUCACAGGGGCUCUGGACUUAGCAAGCACCUUAAGAAACACCAGCCAAAGCCUGAAGUUCGAGGCUAUCAUUGUACUCAAUGUGAAAAAAGUUUCUUUGAAGCCAGAGAUCUGCGCCAACAUAUGAACAAGCAUCUUGGUGUGAAGCCCUUUCAGUGCCAGUUUUGUGAUAAGUGCUACAGCUGGAAGAAAGACUGGUACUCCCAUGUGAAGUCCCACUCCGUCACUGAGCCCUACAGGUGUAAUAUAUGCGGCAAAGAAUUUUAUGAGAAAGCUUUAUUCAGAAGACACGUAAAGAAAGCCACCCAUGGGAAGAAAGGACGGGCAAAGCAGAACCUGGAGCGUGUGUGUGAUCAGUGUGGAAGAAAAUUCACUCAGCUGCGAGAGUACAGAAGACACAUGAACAACCAUGAAGGUGUUAAGCCCUUUGAGUGCUUAACAUGUGGAGUAGCUUGGGCUGAUGCCAGAUCACUAAAACGUCACGUCCGAACACAUACUGGUGAAAGGCCCUAUGUGUGUCCCGUGUGUAGUGAAGCAUACAUAGACGCCCGCACCCUUCGUAAGCAUAUGACUAAAUUCCACAGAGACUAUGUGCCUUGCAAAAUUAUGCUGGAAAAAGACACUCUGCAGUUUCAUAACCAGGGAACUCAAGUGGAACAUGCUGUCAGCAUCUUAACUGCAGACAUGCAGGAACAGGAAAGCAGUGGGCCUCAAGAACUUGAGACUGUGGUGGUGACAGGAGAAACGAUGGAAGUUCUGGAAGCCGUUGCAGCUACUGAAGAGUGUCCAUCAGUGUCUACCCUUUCUGACCAAAGUAUUAUGCAAGUCGUUAACUACGUGUUGGCGCAGCAGCAAGGACAGAAGCUGUCUGAAGUUGCAGAAGCCAUUCAGACUGUUGAAGUAGAAGUUGCACAUAUGCCGGAAGCAGAGUGAGUACUGCAGCCGCAAAGAGACGACUGCCCAUUGAGCUCACAGAGCACGUGUUUACAGUGUAUGUCACCAGCCACUGGACCACUUAUGUGGAACUGGGCUGUGGUGACAUUCCUAACUUCUUGUCUGGCCAGUGAGUUCUGUAGGAAAGUCCACUUUCUGUAAAGAAAUUGAAAACAAAAACCUGUUGGAUGGAAGUUGUUGAUCAUGGUAUGCCUUUUAUGAAUUAAUGUUUAUAAAUAACUGUACAAAAUUUAAAGAUGUGCAGUUUCAUUUAUAUUUUGACAUUAUUUUAUUACAUAUUUUGAAUUUAAAAGGCUGCGCGGUUGGCUUUUCUUCUGUUUUAUUCUCAAAAUAUAGAGGUUCUGUGACUAGUUGUUUGUGGAUUAAAAAAAUUCUAAUAUAAAGCAUAUCCUUAAGAUGCAUAAGUAUAUUACAUUUUAAAAAUGCUUUAGAUCUGUGAUUCUUGACUAUUUAUUUUAACUGCUUCUAAGUCAGAGAGUCUAGUCUGUCUUGAAGCACUUAAUGAGUUAUGUGUUGUAAUCAAGUUUGCAUAAUUUAUUUGUCUGUAUGGGACCCACAAAUGCAAAGCUAAUUUUAAAAUACCAUUAAAAUGCAUGAGAUGCCUAUUAAAGCCUUACUAUACUAUCUCUUUAAGGCAAGUAAUUGGCCAUGAGAAAAGAGUACUGUUAUUAAACACUGUUGAUGGGAAGUUUCUGCUUGAUAACAUUGGACUAUAAAUGGAAACAAAAAAAACUGAUUCUUUUGCUGAAGAAUGAACAAGUUAACGAAGAAGUUAAGUUUGGUAUGUUUUAGCUUUUGUAUCAUGUUUGUUUAAAUUUGUUGAAAAACUACAUCUAUUGUGGUACUAUGGAUGCUAUAUAAUUGUUAGAUAAUUUCAGAAUGUUGAAAAUUCUUACUGCAGCCCUCAUUAUACUGUUACAUAAAAAAUUGAUUAUGAUACUAUUUGCUGAAAGUAUUUUGAAAGUUUUCUUAAGACUAAAUUAUAUUCAUGUGUUUGAUUUUUUUUUUUUUAAUUUCUCACCUUUCUGAGUUGUCAGAUUCAGAUUUUGAAAAUAACUAUGGGGAGAUGGCCAUUUCUCUCUAGAAAACUAUCAUUCAAGCUAUAAUUGUUAAAAUUAAGCUUUUAGGUUAUAGAAGCUUUCUUAAAGUAUAAAAUUAAGAUAUAAACAAUCAUAUGUAAAUCAUUCCUAAAGCACAAGAAAUGAAUGUGCCUUGAUGUACAUAUAUAAUAUUAAGAUGCUUACUCCAGUUUACUUUCAAAAUGGCUUUAAGGUUAAGGAGUAAAUAUAUUAGCCCUGCAUGCAAUUUCUUGCAUAUGUAAUGUGUGCAUUUGCAAAUUUGUUGCUUUAAUAGCUAUGUGGCUUUCAGUUUUAAAAGUGAAUCUAUAUACAGCCCACAACUUCAUGUAGGCUAUUCACUGGUCAUGUCCAUCAGUUAGUGAAAAAAUAUUUCAAUGUAAUUAAAAUUUGAAAUUGUCUUUUAUGUUCCAUUUUCACCAUUGUUAGAUUUGGUUAAAAGUAUAAGAUCAUUCAUGUAUGUCAGAAAUAUGUAAAUAAAAGAGGUUCAGUCUUGUUAAAAGCAA